AUGACACGAUUGGAGGUGGCCGACGACACCAAUGGAAGGAAACCAGAAGAGAGGGAGCUGGUGAUGUUGCUCGUUCUGACCGGUAUUUAUACCGGUGGAAAAGGUGUGACUUGCCUGUGGCUAGCUGUUCUCAUGACUCCGCCCUUCGCAGUGCUUGCCACAGGCAUACUGGCGCUUGGGAGAUGUAUUAAACUGUCAGAAGUUCUCUCUCACCCCUAAGGCUGAUUGGUUAAUAGCGGAAACUGUCAUAUGCCAAGGCGUGAAUUAGUGGGAUCUUUGUUAGAACGAGGUGUCAACAAGGAAGAUAUUCAAAUUUUUGUUUGCAGUAACGCCGACGAUUUUUCUGCAUCUCAGCAAAGUGUAUGUUUUCUUCUUCAAUUUUAGUUCUUACCAUAAAAAAUCAGGAUUUCGAGCGAGAAAUACAGGUCCUGGAAAGAGAUAUUCGUCAGCAAAAAGAGUCGAGUUUUAACGCAAAAACUGCGAUCACUCUAGAUCAGUUGAAGAAAAUCAGCACGUUUGCUUCACAUGUGAAGAACUGUCAUGAAAUAUCAAAUUUCAGUAUCGGAAAGUUCCUUGGACCACAGAAAGAAUCUUUUUUCGACCGAAUUUGUCGAGCGGCCGAUAUUCAAAGAGCUUCUUUGAAAAGUCGGCUGAAGCACAACAAAGAUGUAUAUUGGUCAAGUUCAACUCUUUGGCAUUCAUCCCGUUUCAGAGAUUCGAGCCUCAGAACUGCCUCAGCGGCCCGUCUCUCCAACUUUCCUGCACUUCUCUUUUCGACUCUCAAGCUUCGUUGAAUGAUUCGCAAACUUAUCUCGUCACUCCGAAUCUGCAAAACAUCAUCAUGAUGACUUCAGCCAAAGAAGUUGGUGUUGAACUUCUCCCUGAGACUCAAGAUCAAGGUUUUUAGCAACGUGACGCAGUUCCAGCGAUCGUCCCUGAGGAGGAAGUUCGGAUUCCAGCCGAAAGGCAGUUCGACCUUUUGGAGCUCGGAUUUACCUACGAUGAACUCAGACAGGUUUCAUCAGAAAAAUGUAUUCGACAUCUAGCUAAAAAAAAAAGAAUAUUCAAAAUUUCUUGAGACGAAAAAUCAGUUCUACUUUUCACACCACAAAUUUAGUCUAUCGAGCGCUUGAGUUAUCCAUUUUUUUUUCCGAGAAUUUCUGUAGAAAAUGCCGCGAUUUUACUGAAGAAGAACGUCAAUAUUCGAGAGCACAUGAAGAGCUAAGGCAAAAAAUUUGUAAAGUAUGUGAAGAUUUACCUUUUUUUCAGAGAAGUCGAGAAGUCCAAACGUAAUUUGUUGAAAAUAAAAUGCUGUGAACAUCUCAAAGCAUUUUCGCGGACUUGGAAUUUCAGUAAUAUAGAGCUCCCUGAAGGGGUUUUGAGACUUUUGUUUUUAAUUUUACAUCUCAAUUUUUUUUUCAACUUUUUGAAAACUUCUACAAUUUUCUUGUGAGUUUUAGACAGUGCUAAGAAUACUUGUUUUUUUGUUCGAAAAAAGGAAAUUUCAGUUGAUCGACAACUUCGAGCGAUUCAAGCGAAGUUACAAAGAUCUUGUGAAGCCGAGUCCGAUAAAUGCUCAACAGGUUUUUUUUUCGUAGACUUUGGUGAACAUUAAAUCCAUUUCCAGCUUCUCAAUCAAUUUUCCAACCAUUUGUCAUUGAACCCGACGCCGGACCUUCGGGUUAUUGGUAUCGCCUUCAAUUUGUUGGAGCUCGGAAAUCCUAAAAAAGACGUCCAUCGAACCCUAUUGAAACAGGUUAGGGAAAUUCCGCAUAUUAAAAAAAUAAAGUAAAGAAAUUUUCUUAAAAGCCGAAUAUUAAUUUUUCUUACGGUAUUCUUUUUUUCUUUAUUAAACUACUCUCAGCUUCUCGAUCCAAUUUCCAACAAACAUUUUUUCUUUUCAUUGUCAAUCCAUUCGUAGACUUCACAACAAAAAAAUUUUCAAAGAUAAUUCCAAAAAAAUGUCUCAGAUUUUGAUUUUUCCUAGAAUUUUUCCGUUUGAUAUCGUUUUUCAGACUUCAUUAUUGCAUAUAUUUCACUCAUUUCUGUUCGAAUAUUCUGUUGCGACAAAAGAUUCAGAUUACACAGAAAGCUCAGUAAUUUUCCGAUUUCAGAGACGAGUCCAGGCUCUGGAAGCCGAGGAAGAGAACCGGAAACGUCGUUGCUUCACGCCGCCAGGUGCAGACAGGUACAACGACCGCGACAGUACCAUCUCCCCUUUGGAUCGCGAAAUCGAAAGAGAUGAGCUUGUUAUUGGAAUGCAGAAUGAUUGA